AACACAAAAGUUCAAACCAGUAAAAAUACUGAUCGACGAGGGAUCUAUGAGAUCCUUCAUAAAAACGGAAACAGCGAAAAGGCUAGGACUUCCGCUGUUCAAUGAUAAAAUAAGAACAUAUUAUGGGAUUGGAGGACUAAAAUCCACCAGUGAAACUAGCGAAACAAAUUUAAUCUUCCAUAACCAAGACGGAAGCAUCGUUUUCACCAAGAUGAUAGCCAAGCCUGUUCUGACGGAGCCGCUUUCAUGUCCCAGGCUAGGCCUUGAAGACAAGGCCUUCAUUGAGAAACAUGGCCUCCAGCUCGCCAAUCCGUCCGUAAACGGAGAACUAUUUGAACCAGACAUAAUUCUGGGGAUGGACAGGUACCGGUUAUUCAUGAAAAUGAAUAAUGAAUUAGAGUUGCCAUCGAAAUUAACCUAUGAAGGGAUCAGUUUUUGGAUACGUCAUCCACGGAUGUAUCAACGUUUCUUCUCACGUGAAACCUAUAGCAUUUACAACCAUAGACGAAGGAUCCGCUAA